UUCUGCGCCUGCGCUCUCUGCUCUUCCCCCUCCCCUCCCCAACAGGUCGGGGGGGAAAACAAACCCUGAGCCGGCGUAGCGCACCCCCGGGGCUCCCGGCCGGGGUCGCCCUUCGCUCCUCUGCUUGACGUCGCAUCGAGUCCCCAGAGAGCUCCUCAGGGGUGUGGGGAGGCAUAUAAGGAUUAAACUCUGAAUAAGUCUACAAGUAGGAUGGACAGUUAUUUUAAAGCAGCAGUCAGUGACUUGGACAAACUCCUUGAUGAUUUUGAACAGAAUCCAGAUGAACAGGAUUAUCUCCAGGAUGAGCAAAAAACAUUUGAUUCUAACCACUGUUCAGUUUCUUCAGAGUUGGCUUCCUCACAACUGACUUCACUGCUACCAAAGGAUCAACAGUGCAUUAAUUGUUGUGCCUCAUCAGAAGCAUGCUGUGAAACAAAUCAGAUUUCCCUGAACAAAAUGCUUGAGGAACUAACUUCCAUACAAAAUGAAAAAAAUGUAACAGGACUUGAUCUCCUUUCUUCUUUGGAUGGUGGCACUUCACAUGAAAUCCAGCCUCUCUAUAUGGGACGAUGUAGUAAACCUGUCUGUGAUCUGAUAAGCGACAUGGGUAACUUAGUUCAUGUAACUAAUAGUGAAGAAGAUAUUAAACAGUUAUUGCCAGGUGAUUUUAAGUCUAGGGCAGAUUCUUUGAUUGGAUUGGAUUUAUCUUCAGUGUCAGAAACUCUUUGUGCUUCUUCAACAGACCGUGGUAAUAAUACUGUCAGAGAGGAACAGAAUGAUGUCAACUCUGAAUUACAAAACAGAGAAAUUAGUGGAGUUGAAGAAUUGGUUAUAAAAGUAGAUACAACACCUUCAGAUUCAUGUAAUUACAGUGUAAAAGAGAAUUUAAAGGAUAAAAAGAUCUCUAAUCAGUUAGAACCAGUUGUUGAUUUUAACAUGCCAUCUGCUUUGACUCAACAAAGUUCCGAAAUGUUUGAUGCCAAAGAAAGCCUACAACACAAGGACCAGCCAUGUGAGUUACUGAAAGCCGAUAAAUGUUUGGUAAAAGAGGAAGUAGAUGUGGCAGUCAUAGCUGCCACAGAAUGUUUAGAAGAAGGAGACCACACAAGUGCUUUGCCUUGCAGUUUUCCAAAAAAUGAAGAUUUAUACUUAAAUAAUUCAAAUGCAAAAGAUGAAAGUUUCAAAUUACCUGACUUUUCCUUUCAGGAAGAUAGAACUGCUAUAGUUAUAAAACAAACUGCAAAAGAAGGCUCAAGAGAUGUAGAUCUUAAAGAUAAUCAAGAUGUAAUUCAAGAUUCCUCUCCAAAUCCACAUGUUUCAGGUGAAGAGAUGUACUCCUCACUGACCUGUCUUCCAGUACCUGGGUCUUUGUGUGGAUCAUUAAUUGAAAGUAAAGUGCAUGGUGAUUGUUUACCACAGAAUGAACAUAUAGAUAAUAUACAAGAUGCAGUGCCAGCACAUGAAGAAAUACAGAAGAGCGUUAUUCUGGGUGGGGAACCAUGGGAGGAGACUGAUCUUUUGAAACAAGAAAAAUGUAAAAACAUAAUUGAACAGGUUGGAAAUAGAAAGGUAGAGUCCAACCAAAUGGUAAUCAGAGUUGAGUCUUUGGAUCAUCCUGGUAACACAAACUCUUCUAUAGCUACAGAAUCUCAGAUGGAGCUUUCUGGUGCUAAUGCCCCAGUGUUUCCUGAUCAUUGUGAAGGUCUCUCUUUUUCAAGCAAUGAUAUUGAUGGGCAAGACUUAGAUUACUUUAAUAUUGAUGAGGGCAUGAAAAGUGGUGCACUAAUUAGUGAUGCUGAACUUGAUGCCUUUCUGACUGAACAGUAUCUUCAGACUAGUAACAUAAAAUCGUUUGAAGAAAGUGUAAAUGACUCAAAAUCUCAAAUGAAUCAGAUAGACACGAAAGGCCUAGAUGAUGGGAGCAUCAAUAAUAUGUAUUUCAAUGCUGAAACAGGUGCUACUGGAGAAAGUCCUGGCAUUAAUAUGAUUUGUGAAACAGUUGAUAAACAGAAUGCAACAGAAAAUGGUGACCUUUCUUUAGGGGAAGAAAGUACAAUUCCAGUUGAACAAGGGUUAUCUAACAGUAAAUCUGAGAUUACGAAUGAAUUAUCAGUCUCUGAUAUUAACAAUCAGUCUGUUCAUGUUGGAGGGGCCAGACCAAAGCAGUUGUUUAGCAUUCCAUCAAGACCAAGGGGUUCAAAGGAACCAAAUAAACCAGAUGUUCCAAAUAUGCCUGAAAGUGAGCCCAGCAUAGCAAAUACGAUUGUUCCAACCACUUGUACUACCGAUUCUACAAUAGAUCCUCAGGUUAGCUUCAACUCUAAUUACAUUGAUAUAGAAAGUAAUUUUGAAGGUGGAUCCACUUUUGUAACUGUGAAUGAAGAAUCUGUACCUGUAAACACUUGCAAAGAAGGCCUGGUUUUGGGCCAGAAACAACCUACUUGGGUUCCUGAUUCAGAAGCUCCAAACUGUAUGAACUGCCAAGUCAAAUUUACUUUUACGAAACGGCGACACCACUGCCGAGCAUGUGGGAAAGUAUUUUGUGGUGUCUGUUGUAAUAGGAAGUAUAAACUGCAAUAUCUAGAAAAGGAAGCAAGAGUAUGUGUAGUCUGCUUUGAGACUAUUAGUAAAGCUCAGGCAUUUGAAAGGAUGAUGAGUCCAACUGGUUCUAAUCUUAAAUCUAAUCAUUCUGAUGAAAGUGCCACAAUGCAGCCUCUUCAGGAGACUCAAACAUCCAGUAUACCUUCACCUACAACUUUACCGAUCUCAGCACUUAAACAACCAAAUGUUGAAGGAUUAUGCUCCAAAGAACAGAAGAGAGUAUGGUUUGCAGAUGGUAUACUGCCCAAUGGUGAAGUUGCAGAUACAGCAAAAUUAUCAUCUGGAAAUAAAAGAUGUUCUGAAGACAUGAGUCCUCUCUUACCUGAUAUGCCCUUGACAGUAAACACAGUGGAUCAUGCCCAUUCUACAGUGGAGAAAGCAAACAGUGAGAUAGGAGAUAUUACAAGAAAUGAGAUAAUUCGGAGUCCUAUUUCUCAGGUUCCAUCUGUGGAAAAACUACCUAUAAACACAGGAACUGAGGGGUUACCUACUUCUUGUUCUUUUACACUAAAUGAUGAUGUUUUUGCAGAAGUUGAGGGACCAUCUAGUCCUACUGAUGUCUUAGUUCACAGCAAUUUACCUGUUGCUAGUACUUCAGAUUAUAGGUUACUGUGUGGUAUUGACAAGAAUGUUUGCAGUAAGAUUAGUCUUCUACCUAAUGAUGAGGACAGUUUGCCCCCUCUUCUGGUUGCAUCUGGAGAAAAGGGAUCAGUGCCUGUAGUAGAGGAACACCCAUCUCAUGAGCAGAUCAUUUUGCUUCUUGAAGGCAAAAGUUUUCGUCCUGUUACAUUUGUCCUAAAUGCUAAUCUACUGGUGAAUGUCAAGUUAGUAUUUUAUUCCUCAGACAAAUACUGGUACUUCUCAACCAAUGGACUUCAUGGCUUGGGACAGGCAGAAAUUAUUAUUCUGUUAUUAUGUUUGCCAAAUGAAGAUACUAUUCCAAAGGACAUCUUCAAACUAUUUAUCACCAUCUAUAAGGAUGCUCUAAAAGGAAAAUACAUAGAAAACUUGGACAAUAUUACUUUUACUGAGAGUUUUCUCAGUAGUAAGGAUCAUGGAGGAUUUCUGUUUAUUACACCUACUUUUCAGAAACUUGAUGAUCUCCUAUUACCAAGUAAUCCUUUUCUUUGUGGAAUUCUUAUUCAGAAGCUAGAGAUUCCCUGGGCAAAGGUUUUUCCUAUGCGCUUAAUGUUGAGAUUGGGUGCAGAAUAUAAAGCAUAUCCUGCUCCUCUAACGAGUAUUAGAGGCCGAAAACCUCUUUUUGGAGAAAUAGGACACACUAUUAUGAACUUACUUGUUGACCUUCGAAAUUACCAGUAUACCUUGCAUAAUAUAGAUCAGCUGUUGAUUCAUAUGGAAAUGGGGAAGAGCUGCAUAAAAAUACCUCGGAAAAAAUACAAUGAUGUAAUGAAGGUUAUAAAUUCUUCUAAUGAGCAUGUGAUUAGCAUUGGAGCUAGUUUUAGUACUGAAGCAGAUUCUCACCUAGUCUGUAUACAAAAUGAUGGCAUUUAUCAAACACAGGCCAACAGUGCCACUGGCCAUCCUAGAAAAGUGACAGGUGCAAGUUUUGUGGUAUUCAAUGGAGCUCUAAAAACAUCUUCAGGAUUUCUUGCUAAGUCCAGCAUAGUUGAAGAUGGCUUAAUGGUACAAAUAACGCCAGAGACUAUGGAUGGCUUGCGGCUUGCUCUACGAGAACAAAAAGACUUUAAAAUUACAUGUGGGAAAGUUGAUGCUGUAGACCUAAGAGAAUAUGUGGAUAUCUGCUGGGUAGAUUCUGAAGAAAAAGGAAACCAAGGUGUUAUUAGUUCAGUGGAUGGAAUAUCAUUACAAGGAUUUCCAAGUGAAAAAAUAAAACUGGAAGCAGAUUUUGAAACCGAUGAGAAGACUGUAAAGUGUACUGAGGUGUUCUACUUUCUAAAGGACCAGGAUUUAUCUGUUUCAGCAACUCGUUAUCAGUUUGCAAAAGAAAUAGCCAUGGCUUGUAGUGCUGCGCUGUGCCCUCACCUGAAAAUUCUAAAGAGUAAUGGGAUGAAUAAAAUUGGCCUCAGAGUUUCCAUUGACACUGACAUGGUUGAAUUUCAGGCAGGAUCUGAAGGCCAGCUUCUUCCUCAGCAUUAUUUAAAUGAUCUUGAUAGUGCUCUAAUCCCUGUGAUCCAUGGUGGGACCUCCAACUCUACUAGUUUACCAUUAGAAAUAGAAUUAGUAUUUUUCAUUAUAGAAAAUCUUUUUUAGUGAAAGAUAUGAGUCAUAUUAUAUAUUGCAAACUAAUUUGUUAAAACUAAAUUCACUAAAGCUGAAAUGCCACAAACACUAAAAGUAAAUGUUUGCUGUUUGAAACACGUAAGUUUUGCUUUUUAGGCAGGAAAUGAUCUUUUUAAAUCAUUAGCACAAUAUUUAAAUCUCUAAAAAUUUAAGAGACCAACAGUUUUUGAAGCUUUGACGUAAUACAAGUUCUAAAAGGACAAGGAUUUCUUCUGUCUUUAAUAAAUUUGUAGCAUUUACUGUGUUAUUUAAAUGCAAAGCCAAAGUAUCUGCACUUAUGUAUACCUCGUUAUGCCAAGAAUGAUUUUAAUGAAGGCUCUUUUCAGGUGUAACCUUAUGAGGGAAAUGGCUGUUACAUUAGCCAGUUACAUUGCUGGUUUCUAAAGUCUGUUAAAAAUGAAUUUCAGUGACAUAGACAGUUUUCAGAUCUUAGUCAUAUGAUAAUUCUUUGAGUAAGGCAGAUAACUUAUUUGUAUAAUUGGAGUGGAGACCUACCUCCAUGAUUAGAUAAACUGGUUAUUUGGAUUAAAAUCAGAAUUUUGCCUUUUUUCUUCUCAAAUUAUUAUAUAUAUAUAUAUAUGGCUUUUUUCUUGAUUAAAUGGGUAUUCUUAAAAUAAUUGUGGGUGCUUCAGAAUUUUGUGCUUCUAUAUUUAAGUACAUUGUUUUUAUAGCAAGAACAUGUGAUUCAGUAUGUGUUUUGUAAGUCUAAUAAUUUAUAAAUAGGUAAUAUUUUUGUAUUGCAGUGUAUUAUUUUUCCUCCUUCCUUCAAAAUAUACACCACUUUAUUUCCCACUUCUAAAAGUGAUUGACAACAGGCCAUAUGACCCUUGAAGUAGUCAUUAUGUAGCAAUAAAUGAAGCCUGAAACAGGUUUUUUUAAACUUUUCCUUUAAACCUUAGAACUUUCUUGGCAAGUCUGCAUAUUUUCACUGACACCAAUGUAUUAAAUAUACAUUUUAAUGAACUAAUUACUUUUGCAUAUUUUAAAUUCUUUAUAUGGUAGUUAUUUUUUAUAACAGGAUAUUAACAUAAGUUAAAUUCUAUGUAUUUGAAACUGUUACAGAACUUUGCUCUUCAAACAGCAAAAUUUUAAGAAGUACGUUGUGUUAAAAGAAAGUAACGGGGAUAUUUUAGUUAGUCCUCCAUUUACAUUAUAUAAAAUACAGUCACUAUUUUGAUGCUUUUUUUAUUCUUAUAUGGUAUAUGUUUUUGUAUCAAAAACACUCAUUAUAUAUUUCAAGAAAAAGAAACUACACUAAAUAACCCUGAUGUAAGAAAAAUACUUAUGAAGCAUCUCAACUUGAAGACCAAGUCAGGGUUAUUAACUCAGGAUCUGAGGUCUCAGGCUAGUAGAGACUGAGAAUUUUACUCCACUGGUCACAUGGUUCAUACUGAAUCACAUCUGUAGUAUGAGCCAAAGAUACCCUGUGAAGGAGAUUAUCAGUCUUCUGGAAGUAGCUACUUCAUAAGCAAUGUAAAAUGUUGCAGCUGUUAAAUAAAAUGGCAACACAAAGUAACCUGUGAAAUUUACUGAGAUGGUGUAAGAUUAUUUUUAUCAGUUUAUGUUUUCUUUAUAUAGUGUGUUUAUUUUGCAGUAUUAGUUACGCAGUCUAUGAAUAAUGAAAUUAUUUAUUUAUUUAUUUAUUUUUUUUAAGUAAUCUCUAUACCCAGCAUGGGGCUCGAACUCAUGACCCCGAGAUCAAGAGUCACGUGCUCUUCUGACUGAGCCAGCCAGGUGCCCCUGAAAUUACUUUAAAAUAACCAAAUGGUGGAGAGCUCUUCCCAUGAUAGGAUAGCUUUAGAUUUGUUUUCAUAAAGCCUUUACAUUUAAUGAUAAUGGAAUAAUGUACCUUUGGAGGUACAUUUUAAAGUAUUCUUUGUAGAGGUAGGUUUCUUAUUUGGUCAUGUUCUUCACAUUGGUAUUUAUUUUGAAAUUUUAAUUUUUUUAAAGGUGAAGAAAUAGAAUGGUUCUCUUUCUCUGAAUUCUGAAAUACGAAGUAAAAUCUAGCCCACUUGUUCUGUGUAGCCACCCAACAAACUUUGUGUGUCUAUAUACUUGCUAUGUGCAGAGCAUUUUGUUAGGCUUCACUGGUCAAAAGAUGAAUAAAAUAUUUCUUGUCCCUAUUAGAGCUGACUGUAUGAAGCAGAUAAUUAACAAAGUAAAAGUAACUGCUAUAAUAGAGAUAUGAAUCUUGACUACAUGGUUGGAAAACAACCCAGGAGGCAACCCUCUCAGGUCUGCUCCCUCUUUGGGAGCUUUAUACUGUAUCACUCAUUAAACUUUGCUUUGUUGCCCACCAAAAAAAAAAAAAAAAAAAAAGGAAAACAACCCAGAAGGAUAGCCAUACCAAUAAGGAGAUGGCCAAGAACUUGUUAGAUAGUGGGCAUUAAACCUGGCUAGGUAAGAGAUAAAAAUCUGAAAAGUAGGUAAUCUAUAAAAAGACUGAACUUUCCCUUACUUUAAAGAGUCUACUGUGUUGUAUGAAUAUCUUACCCUAUGAUUUAAUCAUAAAAGCAGUAGCUUGACUGUGGUGUCUCAACUGCCUAAUUUUAUAACAGCCUAGAUUCAGAUAUUGUUUUAUAAGUGAAGAACAGACUUUUCUUUUUUCAGUCACAACCGUAACUUUGAUAACUUGACUCACAUUUUAAGAGAAAAUAUCCUGAAAUAAACCAGAAACCUAUAAACCCAUCUUAGGUUUUAAUUUUUUCUUUGUGAUUAUCAGAAAAGUAUAAAAAACUUAUCAAUAUAAAUUUUACCUUCCACCUUGUAUGUGUCUAGCUUGUUCUUCCUACCCUCCAAUCUCAAGUAAUCGUUUUACUAGUUUCUUAUGUAUCUUCCCAUGGUUUAGGUGUAGUAGCAGCAAAUACAAAUAGAUAUAUGUAUUAUUUUCCUCUUCUCAUUUUUUAUACAAAAUGUAGGAUGGUGUUUACACUGAAGAACACAUUGACUUCCUCAAUUACUUUGAGUUAUGAGGUUCAUAUUUAGAAUCUUAAAGGUUUCAUGCCUUCUCAAACCACUUUUGAUUGAUAAAAGCAUGUUACUGGAAUUAUGACCAUAUGUUUCAGUACGAGGACUAUUUUUCUCGUAACGAACUUUUUAUUACUAAAAUUAACUUGCAAGUUUAUUUUUUAUUUAGCUAUAUUUAAAUCCUUUAUUUUUUUCCUACCAGACACUAAGGCUUGCCAUCUAAAUUUAUCUCUUACCAUUUAACAGAUUUUUUUUUCACAUCAUAUUUUUAGUAGUUUUAAAUCUUUAUAUUCUUUCUUUUGGAUUUAGCUUGGAACAGUUUAAUAUAUAACACCUUUUGGGAAAUAUUUUGCGCAUCUGCAUUGAUAAAAUUACAAACAUUUUCAUGCUUUAUACAAAUGAAGGAGUGGGUUUAACUCUAGUGCUUUGUUAUGAACCUCUGAAUAUAAUAAAGGUUUUCUUUUUUUCUUUUGGUAAAAUACAGUACUUCCCAGCCUCCAAGAUAGCCUCCUAGUGAUCCCUACCUCCUGGUAUUCAUACCCUUGUGUAGCCCCUUCCCACAUAACAUCAUUGGUCUUUGUGACCAAAAGUGGCAGAAGGGUUGGGAUGUCAUUUCUAAAAUUAUGUUGUAAAAAGCUAUCACUUCCAUCUUUGGUGCAUUUCUCCCCACUUUCUAUCUUUUGUCCCUUUCUUCCUAUCCUUUCCUCUUCCCUCUGUCCCUCACUCUCUAUUAGAUCACUCACUCUUGGGGAAGCCAGCUGCCAGGCUAUUGGAGAGGCCCAUUUGGCAAGGAACUGAAGCCAACAGCCACAUGAGUGGAAGUGGAUCCUCCAACCCCAGUCAAAGCCUUCAAAUUGCAGCCAUCAUCCAAAGUUUGCAACCUCAUGAGAACUACCAAACUAAGCCAUUCUCAGAUUCCUGAAUCUCAGAAACCAUGUAAGAUAAUGUUUUAAGCUGCUAAAUUUUCUGGUGAUUUGUUACAUGCAGCAAGUAAUAUUAGAUAACUAAUAUAAGAUACUUACGUUUUUUGAGCAGCUAUACAUAAAAGUUGCUACAAUUAAUUGCUGGCAGAAUUAAGCAUAUUUCCUAUCAACAUUUAUGGAUUAUAUGCCAAAAGUAGCAUGUGCUAAGUGCAGAGAAUACCAAUUGAAAGAGUAGGGUUUGCCCAUGUAGGAACAAAGAUGCAGUUAUGGGAAACUUCUUGUUUCUGGGAAUUGUAUGCUAGGAUAGUUAGGUCCAUAUUCCUGCUGAAAACCAAAGGUGAUUAAAAUAUAAAAAUCAUCUUAAAGCAUCAAGAUAUUAAGAUAGUAAGGAAUGUUCAGUCCAAAAGGAAAGAGAAAAAGAGAAGGAAAGGGGGCAUGGGGUCCUACUGAGACAACCUUAUGGGGUGAGGGAACAGAUCAAAGUUCAAGGCCCACACAACAUUGUAAAUCUAUUCAGAAUUAUGAACCUAAUGGGAACUUCCCCAUGACCUCCCUCCACCCCGCCAAAGGAUGAGGAUCACCCAAAGAAUCUUAAGCAUUUAACUUGCUUUAGGGUGGUUCCACACUGGUGAUCCCUCUAGGUGCUAGGAGGAAUAAAAACGUAGAUCCUCUCUAUAGGAAAGUAACUUCAUUGCAGGCCACAAAUUACUUCUCAAAUAUAACAUUUACCAACACACAGUUAAAAUACAAUAAAUAGUUACAUAAGGAAAUUACUCCAGAGCCAAGAAUUAGUAGAAAUAACGGAAAACUCCUUUCGACAGGUAUUAGAUUUUUGCUUUCUGUGUUUCAAGAAAUAGUCAAGUAUAAGGUACCUGUAGGGAAUGGGAAACCAUACAAAGUAAUGGAGAUAAUUUGGGAAAGAAGUGAAUACACGUGUUACAAGAAUAUAUUAAAAACUGGACUGUUAAGCUCUAAUUAAAUAGGUUUAAUGGCACAGUAGAAUACAGCCACUGGGGAGAAUUUAUAAACAGGGAUAUAAAUCAGGAGAAAUUAUCCAGAGUACAGCUGGGAAGGACAAAAAGAUGGAAAGAUGGGAAAAAAAACAUACAGAGCAGAUAGUGAGAAGUCCUAACAUAUGCUUAAUUAGCGGCAGAAGGAAAGAGGAGAAUAGGAUACUACAAGUAUUUUUAAAUAUAAACUUCCAAAGUCAAUGAAAGACCUUACUCCACACACUUAAGCUAGACAAAUCCCAAACAGAAUAAAUAAAAAGGAAUUAUAGACAUAUAACAGGAAAACAGGAACUUCCAGCUAGCACAGAGUCCAAGGAACAGUUUGCUCUCUCUAGUCGAACAGGAAAGGGGUUGGGGCUAUGAGACAAACUUUUGAAUUUACUUGACUUAUUCCAGGGGAGCUGCAGAAAAGUAGCACCCCCUCUUCACCAUGUGCAAACCCUGUGAGGUGGAACCCUGCCAUACACCAAGCUCAAGACAGCAAAACAGCAUCACUCGUCUCUACCUACUGAUGCAGUGGGGGCAGAGAAUCAGACACUGCAGGGUGGAAUACUGGGAAUGGUGAAGGGAGGCUUAAAGCCCUGACUUUCUACCAGAACAGCAAGGAGGAAGAUCUUGUAACCAGAGAGUGUGGGGGGGAGAUCAUAGGAAGGAACUAAAAGUGAACCUCCAAAUUGGUGUAUAAAAUCCUGGGAUCACCUCCAACCUCUGCAUGUGUGAAACUGACCAGAAGCAGCUGAGCAAGUGUUUUAAACACUGAACUACACUGUAGGUCACUACAGGCAUAACUCAGAGACAUUGUAUAUUCCAUUGUAGACCACUGCAAUAAAGUGAGUAUUGCAAU